AUGAUCAAAUUUCACCUUCCUCUGAAGGUCACAACACCACCAAAGACUUGGUGUUUCAAACGGGCUGACUGGCCUAAGUUUAAUAGUGAGUUGGAAUCCUUUUGUGAUUCCUGGUCACCUCCUGUCUCCUGGACACCUAAAUCCUUGGAGGAUGAAGCAAGAAAGCUUCAAAAGCAUUUCUUUCAAGCGCUUGGCAAGACCUGCCCUAAGGCCAGGCCAGGUGCUCCCCGAUCCCAAAAGUACCCUGUGUGGUGGACUGAGGAUCUCGCCAUUACCAGGCAACACGUCCGACGCCUUGAGCAUCAGGCACGCAACACCCUCUCUGAUGCCGAUCAUGAUUCCUUUCAUGAGGCAAGGAGGGUUUUUAAAAGUGAAGUAAAAUCUGCCAAGCACCUGUCAUGGCAGACCUUCACUUCUGAGGUUGAUUCCUCAUCAAGGCUGGCCAAGCUCUCCAGAGUCCUCUUAAAGGACAAGGAGGCACCUCUUGGUCUGCUUUCCCACCAACAAGUGGUGGCUAGCUCCCCUACGGAGUCUGUAGACCUUCUUUUCAAG